UGCUAGCAGCACACAGUAGUGUAUAAUUCAGCUCUGAAUGCUUACGUUGAAGCAAGCUCUCAGAUGUGGGGGUGGCAAGAGCUAACAGUUUGGGACUUGUAGUCCUUAGCAGUGGCCUAGAAGCAGGUGAAGUCAUACUUAAGGACUGCGCUUCCCAGAGUGCCUUGCCCUUGGCCAUUCAGGAAAGGGAACAGCCGGUAGCCUAUCCUAGUGGGGAGGUGUGGUGAUUGAGUAGCCGGCAAGCCUAUCGCAGAGGGGGAAGUGAAGCCAGAGCAGUGGGCUGAAAAUAGAGUGGGGGAGUUGGUAGGUGUCUGCCUGAGUGGGAUCAGGCAAGGGCUUGCCUGUGUAACUAGGGCUACUCGGAAGUUUCCUGUCUGCAGUUGCUCCGGACCAGAGCCCUGCCCAGGCACGCAGGCAGGCAGGCAGAGGGAGACUGAGCUGACCCACAGGGAAACAAAAUUCUGGCCGGCCGGUAAGAGCUCCAAAUGCACUCUCACUCUCUCUGGUGUCUGAGACGGGAAAGGCAAGCUAGAAGAGAAAUAGUGGAAUAUUUAAAGGGGAAAGAGAGGGACUUGGCUUGAUUAAGUUCAGAGCGCUUGACCCACUUGCAGAUGGCAUAGAGAUGGAAAACGGAGGCCUGCUGUAUUAAGACAGGCAGACGGACAGACGGCAGGACGGACGAACGGGUGGCGGCUGCGAUUGGCGGCUCGGCGGCAGGCUGGUGGAAAAUGUCGUCGGGAGCAGGUGGGCGGGGAAGACGUGAGGGGAGGGCCUGUGGGGGUGCAGGCGAGGUAGAGGAAGGACCAGUGGGCAUCCCCUUCCCCGAGCACAGUGCUGACCUGCUGGGCAGUCUCAAUCGCCAACGGCUAAGUGGGCUACUGUGUGAUGUGCUAAUAGUGGCUCAAGAGAGAGAAUUCCCUGCCCACCGCUCCGUGUUGGCUUCCUGCAGCACCUACUUCCACAAGCUUUUCACCUCGGGCAUGGCUGCUGACCGCCAGAAAGUUUAUGCGCUGGACUUUGUGCGGCCUGAGGCACUGGCCGCCCUUUUGGACUUUGCCUACACGGCCACACUCACAGUCAGCCGCAACAGUGUGGUUGACAUCUUAAGCGCCGCCCGUGUGCUGGAGAUCUCACCCGUUCAAGACGUCUGCACACACUUGCUGGACACCAAAGUGCUCUCCCCGCCGGCGGGUAGUGAGCAAGAAGAAGAACAGGAAGAGGAGGAACUAGGAAAGAAUGGAAAAGAGCAGAGCAUCCGGCUGCGUGCCCGUGAGUACUUGGAGUUCUUCCAGAGGGGGGCGCAUUGGGAUAGCAGCUGCAGCACGCCAGAGCUCAGGGACCUGCCUGCACACCUGCACUUUAGCCAUCGCAAUGGUGCUGACAGCAAUGGCACACCCAUCGGCCCUGCUGACUACUACUCCUCACUGGCCCAAGCCCUAUCACGGCCACCUCGUGAACGCGAAGACGAGAUUGUGGAUGAGGAGUGCCAGGAUGGACCUUCAGUUCUAGCUCGAGGGAAAGGUGCACAGGCUGUGAUGUCCAUUUAUGCGCCAACUCAGAAUGGACAUUACUACCUCCAUCAGACAGAGCCCAAAUCAGAGAUAAAGGUGGAGGGGACAGGUGAGUGUGAGCCUGAACAAGGCCCAGCCAGUGCUUUGCUACAACAGAUGAUGGACUCCUUGGAGCGGAAAAGGGAACUGGCCACAAAAGGUGGUGGAGGUGAGGAGGAUGGACCGGAGGGUGAAGAGCCGGAUGUGGAGUUUUACUUGAAGUACUUUAACAGUGUGCAGCAGGAGGAAGCCACCAGUGCCCCCAUGUCUCCAAGUUUGCUACCACUGUGGUCAGUAAGGGGCAACGGAGGUGGAAAUCAAGCGACUGGAGGGGGAAACAGCAGUGAGAGGAAGAUGCGGUCUAAGGCCUUUCAGAAGUGCCCUAUCUGCUCCAAGGUCAUCCAAGGCGCAGGCAAGCUUCCACGCCACAUCCGUACACACACAGGAGAAAAGCCCUACGAGUGCGCCAUCUGCAAAGUGCGAUUCACCAGGCAGGACAAGCUAAAGGUUCACAUGCGCAAGCAUACAGGAGAGAAGCCUUACCUGUGUACUCAGUGUGGUGCCGCCUUUGCCCACAACUACGACCUGAAGAAUCACAUGCGUGUGCACACGGGCUUGCGCCCCUACCAGUGCUCCAGCUGUUUUAAAACCUUCGUGCGCUCGGACCACCUCCACCGUCAUCUCAAGAAAGACGGCUGCAACGGCAUCCCUUCCCGUCGAGGCCGCAAGCCACGCAUACGAGAUACUGAGCUCCCGGAAGGUCCUAUGGAACUUCAUGGCCCAGAAGCAGACAUUGAGAGAGGUCGGCGGCAUCCGGACAGGGGCACUGGAACAUCAGUCAUGGAGGAAAAUCACGGUAGUCACACGCACAGUCCGGCUGCUGAUGGGGAAGGUAGUGAAGAUUUGACCUCGGGACUAAGGAACUCUGUAACAUCAUGAAUCAAACUUCAUCAGAGAGGGCUUAACUCAAAAACAAGAGGAAGAAUGAAACAGAAAAAAAAGAAAAGAAAAAAAAAACUUAAAACUACAUGGUCCUCUUUAAAAAAACAAAUCAGGGUGGCACGCAAAUCUAACCUUCUAGUUUCUUUUUCCUCCUUUUUUAGCUUCUGCAUUCCACAUAGUGACCACCAAGUUACUGGUUGGUUGGAAGAGCGAAGAGCACUUAAAAUCACUCACCCGUGCUGUCACCAUCUUUCUGGGUCUUUUUCUUUGUGUUUUUGUAACAUAAUGGCAUAGCCAUGUGCGUACGAGAAAAAGCUACUAUGCAGAUUAAACAAGCUCCUCAUCUCUGGGUUGCAUCUACAAGGCCUUGUCUUAAAAAGUAAGGUGUCAAACACCAGGCUGACUGCUGCUUCAACAGGUUAGCUUUGAAUGCUCUAAGAUGUGAUCAACGCAACCAAUAGAUCUCUUUUUCUAAUGCAAUGAGCAACAUGUACAUACACUAUAGAAAAAUUUAUUGUCUAAAAUUGCAAUAUAUGCAAUAUUCUGAUGCAGCACCUUUUUUCUAAAUGGUCCAGAAAGAAUUGGACAGGGGUUUGAUUUAAAGUGUUACUUUCUCUAUAAAAUGUUUUUUGAGAGUUUAUCUUUUCGCUGUGUUCUCUACAAGGGGAGAUUUUGUUAAUUUGUUUCUGGCAGAGAGAGGGUAAGACAAGGUAUGAGGUCCUGUGUUUCUAAAGCACUACCUUCAUCUGAUCGCCAUUGGGCACAAACAUGUUAAAUCUAACCAGGCCUGCUUUUCCUUAUUACCAGUCUUUCGUUAUAUUCUCUCUGAUUUUGGGGAUUGUCUUAAUAUUUUGUCAUUUGAUUUUUUUCUUGUCCUUUGAGUUGACUAUUUUGGGUACUUGACACUUUAUAUUUGUAUGCGUGUGUGUAUAUUAGGUUGUAAUCUUAUGAGACCCUUUAUUAGACAUAUAUUGUGGAUAGAUAGGGUAACAUCUUCCUUCAGCUUCACUCCAGGUUUCUCACUGCAUUAAGUUUGCAGGGGGAAAUAUGCUGUUUGAUGUUUAAGAGCAUUAUAAUUGAGAAACCCAUUUUUUCCUAAUGUGCAUUUGAUGGAACCCAGAAGUUUCAGUCCAAAGUAUGAAUUGUGAUAAAUGUGCUUCAUUUCGAGACUUUCUGUUGGAGAGUGAAACUGUGUGCAACAGAUGAGUGAGGGCACUGUUAUACAAACGGCUGGUGAACAACUUAAGCAGGGAAUUUUUUAUUUGUUUGUUUGUUUUAGCGACAGAAGGAGAGAUUAAGAGUGAAAACCUUUUUUUAUGCAUUUGCACAGCUUUACUAAAGAUAUCCAACAUGGAUAAAGAAAUAUCUAUUUAAAAAGGCAGUUUAGGUUGGGGAGACACAAAGAGCUUAUUUAAUUUCUUUUACCAAGGGACCACAGAAAAAGAAAUCUGAAACAACCUGAGUGAUAAGAUGAGCAAUAAAUUAGUGUCCAAUUCCAAAUAAGCACUCAGCUGUAGUAGAGUAAGAAGGAGGGAGUUUUUAGUGUGUGAAAUGUGAGCAUCAUUAAUGAAUGCAAUGUAUAUAGAUACAAAAUGGGAUCAGUUAUAAAAACUAUCGCUUUUCUCACAAUGCAAAUGACUGGCUGAAGUUUUGGGAAAAAAAAAGUGUCCUGAAAACGGCGACCUUUAUUUUAAAGUAAUAUAUGCUUCCUUGUGCUGGUGAAAAAGGGUGCAGCAACAUCCUAUGGCUACAUCAGAGCAGGAUGACUCACUGAGAGGGGCCUGGAGCAUCAGCAGGCACUUUGUGGGCACGUUGAGACAGGCUCUCCCCAAAAUCCAGCAGAGUGGGUGCUUUGGUUAAGUCAGGACUCUCAUUUAAAUAAGGCAUCUGUGAGGACAAGAGAAAAGGUGGAGCCGAUGAAAUGGCACAUUUGAAAGAAACAUCCUUGGCGCAUGCUUUCUAAAAGCAGAAUGUGAUCCUUGCUAAAUCUUUAAAGUGGAUCUCAGUGUGUACAAUGGCUGUGGUUACAGCUGUGGAUGCACAGUUUUGAUUCAUGGUGAAUUAGAAGAUUUAAUUUUGUGGCACCAUUCCUUCUGCAGUGCUGUACCAUUUAUCGGCCUUUUGCACCUUAAGAAAGAAGCAAGAUUUGAAUGCACUUUGUUACUGAGAAGGGCACUUUCAAGUCAAAAGGAACAUAUAUAUAUAUAUAUAUAUAUAUAUAUAUAUAUAUAUAUAUAUAUAUAAUAUGAAAGAAUAAUGAUUAAUUGCACUUAAAGCUGAUUGAAAAGUUAUUUUGUCUUCAUACAGAAGAGCGUAAGGUGUGGCAGCAUCUACAGGGAUUUAUGACAAUUAUCUACAACCACAUACUCCUCCUGUUUAGUUUCUGUCAGUGCAUUGUGAUAUGCUGUGUUUCGCUGGUCAAGUGUAGUGCUCACUUUAAAUUUGUUGUUGAAGGCCACACCCUAAGCAACGCAAUACACUUUUGUGUGACUGGACGACCCGGCUGAAUUAAUCCUUCUGGAAAUUCCAGUGUGUGAUCUUUAGUUUUUCACACGCCAAACAGUUAAUAAUACAACACAUGCCUGCAAGGGUGUGUGGUAGCACAUUGACCUAGACCAUCUCUUAUCAACGGUUUCACUCAAUGCCUGUGUUCAUCCCAUACGAAGUUCACAGUAGCUUUUAGAUUUGUUUGUAUGUAUUUGUAUCCGGGAUGUAUUUGUACUUAUGCCACGACCCAAAUUUAUUCUCCCUCGUUAUAGAAGCAGAAGUUAGAGGUAAAAUUGUUGCAGAAAAGCCUACUUGAGUUCCCUUUCUGUCUAUUGUUUUUUUUUUUUUAUAUAUUGAGUGUGCGAGUUUAAAACUUGCAAUUCUUUUAUUUGUUUUAUUGUAAAAUGUAUUGCUGCAGCUUGUUUGUUUUCUAGCAAAGAUUGUGCUAGCUGUGUUUGUGGAGUUUAGGGUUAAAUGGUGGUGGGUGGGAAGGGAAGGGAGGUACAAAGCCUGAUAGCACUGGAAAUGGUGCUUUAGCUAAAAAAAAAAAGAGUUUUUGCACUAAAAGUCACUCAUGUCCUUGUCCUUGGGGGAAGGGGGCUGGAGAACCGGGCAAGGCCUUUGAGUUUCUGUGAACAGAGUCUGUUUAAUCUCCACUUCACUUCUUUAUACUUACAUCUGCAAUUAACUCUUUGAAAACCAAAGAUGGGAAAGACUAGGAAGACUAUUCUUGGCCAUUAGAAGAAAGAGGUGAAUCUUACAUUUUCAACAACAGCAUAAACAAAACCAUUUCCUAGAUGAGUGUAGGUCAUGAAUCCAAAGCAACUUGAACAGAAAUAAGCAGCUUGAGGAAAGACACCGUAUUCAUGGAAUGGCUUAUUUCCAAUGGUUAACAGGAUCAAACCCUAAGCAUCUGUGUCUGUGUAGCAGUUUGGUGGAGUUAUUAGAGGUCUUUGUGAGUUCGCACAGACUCAUUGGCUUGAUCUGGAGGUCCAAAAAGAGUCAGGAGAAGAGUCUUGAAGCUUGACACAUGGAGAAGGAUUUUGGAGAGAAUGUGCCUUAACUUAAAAGGAGAUUGGGAGGAUUGUUUAAAAGAUGGCUUCCAUUCCAGCUUCAGAAACGAUUCUUAAAUAGUUGUUGGUUGAAAUCUAUGUUCUAUUGUGGACAUUUCUUAGAACCAAAAGGUUGCAUAAGAUCUUUGUCCAGAGAUUGUCUAAUACACCUCAAUUUCUAAUUACAACUAGUUAAAAUUUUCUCCAGGUAAAAAGUUGAUUGCAGUGAGGAGAUUCUGUCUUCUUCCAUUUAGCGCUGUUUAUUGCUUCCGCGCCAAUCUUGACUCCACUGACAGACACUACAGCGAGAACAUGUCUCAAAAACAUUUCCAUGACUUUAAGAGCACGAUGUAUGUAAUAUCCAAACAUUAAUCUAUUUGUGUCUUUAUUUGUUUAAUUUAUUGGACAAGGAUGUCAAAAAAACAUUAAAGAUUACAAUGAUAGUGAUAACCGUGAUAAUCAUGGAGUAUAACCUUACAAUUUUAGAUGUUCUGGCUGGGCCGAAGCACAACUAGCUGAGGAUGACAUAAUUCAUGGCUAGAUUUGCAGAGUUGUUCUCACCUGAUCCUCUGCUGUUUGAUGCCCAGCUGGCAUGUUGCACAAGGAGCGGUUCAUGGGCGGUGGGUACUAGUUUGCACAGGUUGGGGAGGGUGGGUAGCAUUUUUGUGCAGUUUGGGCAGAGGAACUAUGUCUUACAAGGGGAGUUUGGAGAGCCUUGUCAGGUAUUGCUGUGCCAUUCUGUAUACCUAAGGAAUUUAUAGCCAUCUACGACUUUGACUGCAUCAGCUGGUUAUGUUUCACUGAUCGAGGAGAUGUUCUGGAGAGCAGAUGUCAGAGUUUGUGGUGGGAGGCAGGGGGAUUUGGGGAUUAUGGGCCAUUGUUUAUGCUUCUCAGGUUAAAUAAUCACUGCAGUCCAUGUCCAUUUUUGUUGUUUGGUUUAAGCUCAAAUUUUGCCUUCUGUGUAAUCAAAGCUUUAUUGUACUGAGAGUACAACCGAAUAUAUAUUAAAGAGUUAUGAAGAUGAUAUCGAAAAGCCAACAACCCAUGUGACCACAACACCCUCAGUUUUGUUUUGUCUAAUAAUUGUACAUUAUUUUAUGGUGUAGAAAAACACCUUUUUUUUUUUUUUACAUUUUAACAUUCUAGAAUGGUGAGUGUUGUAAUGUCUCAGAAUGAGGCCAAGACAGCAGUGAAUUGUGGGAUUGAGACAUUAAGUCUGAGGUCUUCAACAAGUCAAGGAUGCAUUCCAUCACUUCCUCUUAAUAGCUGUUAGAACGAACAGAUGUAGGUAGAUGGAAAAGAGGUGGUUUCUUAAGUCUUAAAGUACUUUCUUAAAGGUUUUUCUCUUUUCAUCUACCCAGAAUGUGCAGGGAAGAAUGUGUGUUGAGCUUCAAAAAGCCAUCAAGCUGAUAGCAGUUCUGUGAUUGUAACAAAAAAGCACUUUGCGAAAGGCCAUCCAGAAUAUUGUGUGCUGUCUCCUUUGAUUAUUACUGUUGUUGUUAUUGUUGUUUUUUUCAUCUUGUUAAUGCAAUUUUUUUGUUAUCUCAUUGUGGGUGUUAUGACUUAUUUAAAUGCAAAAACUACAUGAAAAGAAAAGAAACUUGAACAUGUGAUAUAUUUGGGUUGAAGUCCAUUUGAACUGCCGCCCCGUACCACACACAUCUCUGGAAAACACACGAAACAAGGAAUGCAUAUGUUCAAGUUGUCAUACAUGUUUUCUUUUAACAGUUUUGUACCUUUAAACCCAAAUCUCAUUACAAAGGACUUCACAUUUGCUUAAAGGACAUUUCUUCCUGGGUUUUCAUUGUUCUGCCAUAUGCUUCAUAGACAAAUACAGAAUUUAUAAGAGAGUAAAUCUAGGUUAUUGGUAUUGUUAGGGCAUAACUAUGCCAAACAAUGUCCACUAAAAGGCUGCAGAUAUGCAACUUGCAACCCUGUCCAACGCAGUCAGGUUUGUUCAAUUAUACAACUUUCCGGCGUACGGACAAAAUAUGAUAUCUCUAAGUACUUUCCUUCUCUGUUGUUAGACAGUAAAAUAUUUUCCAUAAUGUUUUUGCAUAAAGUUUAAGAGUUUAUAAGGGACUCACUAUAUACUCUAUUCCGAGCUAACAUCUCUUCACAUUUCUUGCAUCAAAUCUAUAUGCUUAAUUCAUUAUGUGGGUAUUCAGCUGAAUGGACACAACCUCUGCACAGAAAACAAUAAUACAUUUUCAGGCUUUGGGGGCACUUUUGAACACUUACGUUGACUUUGGGGCGGCAGAAAAUUUCCAAUGUCUCAGGCUUGGACAGCAGAACCCCCUUUUUUUCGUUAAUUCUGUAGUUCCUUUCCAUUGUCUGUCAGUGUGUGUUGAAGCUAUUGAGAUGUACAGGAGAAUUUGGGAGAAUUUGCACUUUUGGCGAUGAAAAGAAUUUGUAUUGUAUAUGAGACCACUAAAUCUACAUCGUCUAAAUCAUACAAUUCCAUGUUGUUUUCCAUUUUCAUUUUAUUCUUUUUCUGUUUCAUUUUAUUUUUACAAAAUAUAUCCAAAAAUGUCUGACCUUUUAAGAAAUAAGACAUUUCUAUUAAAAACAGAAUGUUUACAACU